GCCGCUUCAGCGCGUUUCCGCUUCCGCUGCCGCCGCGGCUGCCUCGUUGAUCCCUGAGUGGCGGCGUCUUUGUCUACCUCUCUGCACUAUGUCCGGCGGCCUUCUGAAGGCGCUGCGCAGCGACUCCUACGUGGAGCUGAGCCAGUACCGGGACCAGCACUUCCGGGGCGACAAUGAAGAACAGGAAAAAUUACUGAAGAAGAGCUGUACAUUGUAUGUUGGAAAUCUUUCCUUUUACACAACUGAAGAACAAAUCUAUGAACUUUUCAGUAAAAGUGGCGACAUAAAGAAAAUCAUUAUGGGCCUGGAUAAGAUGAAGAAGACAGCAUGUGGGUUCUGCUUUGUGGAAUACUAUUCAAGAGCAGAUGCAGAAAAUGCCAUGAGGUACAUAAAUGGAACUCGUCUGGAUGACCGGAUCAUUCGCACAGACUGGGACGCAGGCUUUAAGGAGGGCAGGCAGUAUGGCCGUGGGCGAUCUGGGGGCCAGGUACGAGAUGAGUAUCGUCAGGACUAUGACGCUGGGAGAGGAGGCUAUGGAAAACUGGCCCAAAACCAGUGAGUGGUGAGAGCCCCAUCGUGAAAACUCAGUCCUUUGGCCUGUUCAAUUUGCCAUGCAUUACCCAAGGUCUACAAACCUGUCCACUUGUACCAUGCUUUGAUCAAGGUCUCUUCUGAGCUGGAAGCCUUUUCCUGGUUUUCCUUUGAAAACUAUUAAAGGACAGAAUCCAAAAGAA